AUGAAGAAUUUUUGUUUGACUGCAGAAAAAGUAAAGAAUGUAAUAAACUACGUAAUUUUAUUAUGUAUAUAUAUAAUAAUAUGGAUUUUACUAACUUUAUAUUGUUUGUUUAAUAAGUUAAAGAGUUAUAUUAUAAAAUUACAACUAAUAUGUAAAUAUAGUAUUAUACAAAUUAUCAAAUGUAGUAAUGUGAACGAUAUAAAUUUGAAUAAAUUAAAAAAUAAAAGUAAUAUAAACUUUCAACUUUUAAAGAAUAAAAUAUGUAAUAUAUUUUAUAAUUGUCUUUUUAGAAAAAAUGAAAAACAUGAUAAUAUUUUUGAAAUACAUAAAAAUAUUAGCAAAGUACCUAAACACAUAUAUAUAAUAUUUAAAAUAAAUGAUUUAAUAAUAUUGAAUAGGAAAAAACUUAUAAAUUAUUUUGUCAAUAUAUUAAUAUAUUUGUAUGAAUUUAAAGUUGAGAAUGUAACCAUAUAUGUAUCUGAUCGUUUUUUUAAUUAUCUAUUUUAUUAUGAUUUGUUUAGAUAUCUAUAUGAAAGAAAUUUCUAUAUGAAAAGUGUUAUAAAAGAGAAUACCAUAAAUAAUAAUAAAAAUAAUAAUAAUAAUAAAAAUAAUAGUAACUUUCUUAGUUGCAGUGAUAAAUGUAAUAAGAAUAAUCAUUUUUAUUGUAAUUAUAAUAACCAUAUUUUUGAUACAAAUAAAUCUUUUCAUUGUUAUGAUCAUACAGAUGAAUUUAUUAUAACAAAAUUUUAUGUCCCAGAUAAUAGUCCUUCUCAAGAUAUAUAUAGUUCAGAAUUAUGUUACACAAAAAGGAAAAGCAAAGAUAAAAUAAAUACUACUACUACUACUAAUAAUAAUAAUAAUAAGAAUAAUAAUAAAAAAUGUUAUUAUGAAGAUAAUCACAAAGGUAAUGAUAAUACCACCUAUUAUACUUAUAAUAAAUUUUCUCUUCAUCUCAAAUUUUUAAAUAAAGAUGAAUCGCACAAACGUUUGAUCCGAAUUGUAAAUGAAAAAGGAAAUAUGCUAUCAGAAGGUGUAUUAAUAAAUGAUAUGUUAAAUUUUUCAUAUAAAAACAUAGAAUCAGUAAUAGAAAAAAUAUAUGAAUUAGAUAGAACGUAUAAUAAUAAAUACACAGAUAAUAUUAAAAAUAUAAAAAAUGUGCAUAACAUAUUUUUUUAUGUAUGUUAUUUUUUAUAUGAAUUAAAAAACAUAUUAUUAUUAAAAAUUAAUUGUUUAUAUUUUAGGUUAUCAAAAAAUAUAUUAUUAAAAAGAUUGUCAAAGGAUAAGUUAAGGAUUUAUUCAUAUAAUAAUAUAACAAGAAAUAUAUAUUAUAUCUGGAAUAUAUUAAAAUCACCUUUUUCUUUUCAUUCAAAAUAUAUAGAAAAAGAAAUGGACAAUAAAGAAAAAUUAAAAACUAAUGAUAAGAAAAAUAUAACCAUAAAUAUUAUACAUAAAUUAUUUAAUAAUGUUAUUACACAAGACGAAAAAUGUAUACAAAAUAUCAAAGAGUUAAUAAAUAAAAAUAUACCUAUGUAUGUAAAACCAAUAUACCAAGAUAUAUUUAAUCAUAAUAUUCAUAAUCUAUUUCAUUCUACUAAUGUUGAUAUAGUCAUAUCAUUAAGACUUAGUUUAUAUGAUUAUCUUAUUGAAAUAUUUCAUUUCUUUUAUCAAAAAAAUUAUCAUAAAAAAAAAAAAAUUAAUAAAUUAAAACCUUUCAAUUUUUUUUGGGAAUAUAUUAGUUCCUUUCUAUUCUUAUAUAAAGUCGUGCAUCCUUUUGAACAAAAUGGAAUACAACCAUGGGUUCUAUCCAACUCGGAAUUAUAUGAGUUUUAUGGUUAUCAUAUUAAUUCCUUAAAAAAAUCUAUAUUAUAUUAUAAUAGGUCUACACAAAGAUGUGGUCACUAA